GUGAUUGUCUAUAAAACCACCUACCACGACGUGUCCACGUCAAACGUAGUAUAUUAAUUUUUAAUAUUUUUAUAAAUUUUCAUAAGUUAUAUAAAUUUCUAACUGUUUCGUUUUCUAUUCGUUAUAACAAUAUUAAUUGUUAGAACAGUUAAAAAUCGCAUCUGAUAUUUUUAUUUUUAUUGUCAUGUAACAUAUUAUGUCUAUAUAGAAUUUGGCGUCUUAAUCUAGUACUACAUCGAUUAUCGUUAACUACAGUAUACGAGAGUCGAACCGACAAUGACGACUAGAGCGGAUAAGGACAGAACUCAAACAAGUUGGAUUCGUUGUGUCUAAACGACGUUAGGUUAACGAAUUGCGUUCGUCCGGUCAUUACGAUAUGCCUACUAUAAUAAUACUGUUACUCAUAUCAUUAUAGAGCGUUGUGUGAUUGUGUGAAUUAACGUUACCCGCAGACCGCAGUUGUAACGAUGUGUCGAUAACGAAAAGUAUUAACAGACGUGCACGCCAAACGGGUUGAUCGUUGAUCGGUCCGUAAAAACUAAAAAGACCGUAAAAUAUACAAUAACCAUCGUAAUAGGUAUAGAGAACGAUAUACCACCCCGUUUUAAAUUAACAAAAUGUCUACCCUACCCGACGGCAUCUGCAAGCAACUUUUCGCGUGCUUUAUAGUGUCCAUGCCCCUGUUGAUGGCUGGUUCGACGUUGGGAUGGUCCUCGCCGAUGAUGGAAUACACGUUGAGAGGCACGGCGCCGGUGCUGCUGACUUCGGACCAAGAGUCGUGGAUGGUAACCCUGAUAGACGUCGGCAACGUACUGUUGUCAUUACCGGCCGGCAUUAUGAUGGACAAGAUCGGCCGGAAAAUGUCGGUGUACUUGACGGUGCCGAUAACGCUGGCCGGAUGGAUACUGAUACUGGUCGCUCGGCAGCCUUGGCACUUGUACGUUGCCCGAUUUUUGCACGGCAGCGCGAUGGCAAUCUCGUUGAUCGUGUCUCCGUCGUACGUGGGUGAGAUGGCCAGCAUAUCCGUCCGGGGAUCGUUAGCCUUGGUGGUCGAGUUGACUUACGCUUCCGGUCUGCUGCUGUCUUACGUGGUCGGGUGGCUCGCCAACUACGAGACUCUGGCCAUCGUCGGCGCCAUCAUACCGGUCGUCACGGGCGUGCUGAUGGUGUUCAUACCGGAAUCGCCGUACUACCUCAUGAUGGUCGGAGAACCGGAAGAGGCUGCCCGGUCGUUGAGGAAGCUGAGGAAUUGUAGCGACGAAGAGUUCAAGGAAGAGCUUGAGAUCGUCAGACUAUCCGUCACCGAAGAAAAGUGCAAGGGACAACUGACGGACCUGCUACACAGGGAUCGGGCGCCGCUGAUCAUCGUGCUCACGUUGGCCGCCCUGCAGAUGGCGUGCGGAGCGAGCGUGAUGGAAGCAUAUGCAUCGUCCGUGCUGUACGGCACAGGGCUGUCGCCGAACGCCAGCGCCGUGAUAUUUGGCCUGUUCAUAGUGGUGGCGUGCGUGCCGUUUGCGCUCACUGUGGAUAAGUACGGCCGGCGACCGCUGUUCAUGGCAUCGUGUGUGGGCACCACUCUGUGUCACGUGUUCAUAGCCGCGCUGUUGUCGCGAAGCGAAAGCGGCAACGUCGGUGUCCAGUCCACGGCCACCCUGGACGGAUGGCUGCUGUUGGCCAGUGUGUGCGGCGCCGAAUUCUUCAUCAACAUCGGGCUCAUGCCCGUGCUGUCCGUCGUCCAGUGCGAAUACUUCCCGUCGGACACCCGUGGCCUGGCAAACUCAGCGGUGGUGUUCACCAUCACGUUCACGUCCACCAUCAUGCUGAAGAUCUACCAGCCGGUGACGGACGCGUACGGCAAGCAAGCCAACUUCAUUGGGUACGCGGUGAUCACCUUCUUCGGCGGCUUGUUCUGCUACUUCUGCGUGCCCGAGACUAAGGGCAAGUCGUUCCUGCAGAUCCAGACGGACUUCGAGUCGUACGUUUGGCGCAUCGACAAGACCCGCCGCCCGAACUACGAGCGGAUCUGACCGGAUGUUGGGUCAUGCCUUCUCCCACCACUCAAUCACUCUACGACUGUCAGCAGCAGAGGUGCGUCGAGCACUCGCUUAAAAUUAAAUUUUAUAAUAUUUUGUGUGUGUGUACGUUAAUUAAUGAUAAUAAUAUUAUAAUAACGAUUGCCGUCGGCCACAUUUUAUGGUUUCGUCCGUAUAGAAUUUUGGACUUCAAACGAUUGAGACGAUGACAUGAGACUUACGUUUUAUACAUCGUUUUUUAGUUAUUAUACGCCGAAAUACGCCGUAUCGCCGUAAAUCACUGCAGUGAGUCUUGUUUAAAAAAAAAAAAUUUUUAUAAUGAUUUUCUCUAACACUAUACCUAUUCGAAGUGUGCAUAAUACUAUACGUUGACGUGAUUUAUUUUUUUUAACUUUCGUGAGGUUCUUGAAAUCCGUAUAACUAUACACUUAUAUAUUAUACGCGUCGAAAUAAUGUUAUUUGCGGGACGUCUCGUGGUGUUAGUAGGUAGUUUUUCGGAUGAUGACCAAAGAGGAAACAUUGAAUGGCAUCUACAUAUAGCGAAGAAAAAGUACAGUCGUCCCAAACUCACAGCGUUAUUAUAUAUUAAAGAUGAUAAAAAUGUUAUAUGAUAACAAAAAAAUUAAUAAUACAUAGCUACAUCGAAACCAUACAUUUCAUCGAAUAAUUUUUCAUUUUAUAUCAGUAAACUCGAUCUAAUUUUGAACAAAAAUAAUUAAGAAAUUCAUAAAAUUACAAAACAUCGUUAUUUAUACGGCGACAGUGAGCAUAAUCAUUUUUCUUAUAUUAUUUAUAUAAAACAACCAUAAUACACGUUGCAUACCUGUACACAGCCUUAAGUAUCCGAAUUGCAUACUUUCGGCAUUAUUAUUAUAAUGAUCUCAAUAAACCCGUAGACAACAAUGGCACCUGCCUAAUUUAACCACGAAAGUACAUUGCAACAUUGAAUGCACCAUUAUUUUGUUUUACCCACUUAUUAUCUAUGUAAAAUCCGUUCGCUCAAGGAGAGAAAAUGUUUAAAACACUCAAAUCAGACUAUAUACGGAUCAUCCCUAUUAUUUUCUGUAGGUACAACGGGGUGGGUACCCAAGAAAAACUUUAUGUAUAAUGCAUACCUAUACUUGCUUAGUCUUAAGUUUUCAACGAAGUAUUAAGUUUAUCAAUAACAAUAAUAUUUAUAUUAGAUAUGUAUU